AUGUGUGUACUUUUGCAAUUGAUUUCGAAUGCUGAUGCCAGAGGACCAUGUGAUGUGGAUCAAUUUGCCUGCAAAGAUGGUCGUUGCAUUCUAAAAACGAAAAUGUGUGAUGGCCGCUUUGAUUGUUCCGAUAAUUCAGAUGAAAUUGAUUGUGAUUAUAAAAUGUGCCGUAAACCCAAUUGGUUCCAAUGCAAACUGCCGAACGGCCCCUGCCUGUCGUCCGAUCUCCUGUGCAAUGAUGUUGAAAAUUGUCCCGGCGGUGAAGAUGAACAACAUUGUGCACAUCAUGAACGUAGCGGUGCAUCCGAUUUUGGUAUCGGUGGUUGGUUGACCCUACAUCGAAAUUGUACACAAUUCGAAUACACUUGUAAAUCGGAUAAAUUAUGUAUUCCGUAUAAUUUUAUGUGUGAUGGUAAGGCGGAUUGUGUAGAUGAUUCGGAUGAAGUAGAUGGUUGUAUACGUGCCCAGGCAAGUUGUACGGGUUUCUUUUGUGCAAAUAAACGCUGCCUGGAACGAAAGAAAUGGAUAUGUGAUGGCAUUGAUGAUUGUGGCGACGGUAGCGAUGAGAAAAAUUGUGCCGAAAACUGCACUCCCGAAAUGGAUAAAUUUUUGUGUAGCAAUAAUAUCACCUGCAUACCCCUGGGUAAGGCCUGUAAUGGUGACAUAGAUUGCCCCGAUCGUACCGAUGAAUCAUUCCGUUGCAAUCAAACAGCCAACAAUUGUGCGACCAAAAAAUGUCCACCGGCUGCUACCUGUAAAAUGAUGCCACAAACGGGAGCCACAUGCGUGUGUCCCAAAGGUUUUAAACAUUCACUGGCGCAGGAUAUUUGUGUAGAUGUAGAUGAGUGUGUCGAACAAUUUGGUGUUUGUAGUCAAAUGUGUGUCAACACCUUGGGUAGUUAUCGCUGCCAAUGUGAUGAAGGUUAUGCUCUAAAGGAGGACAAUCGAACUUGCGAAGCUAUCGGUGAAGAGGCUUUACUACUGUAUACGACACAAGUGACCGUGAUGGGUGUCAAUUUGCGUUCACGACGUGUCUAUACAGUGGCUAAGAAUCUGACUAAAGUGAUUGGUGUGUCAUACAAUGGUGAGCAUAUCUACUGGACCAAUAUACAAAAUGAAGGUGAAAGUAUUGUCAAGGCAAAUCCGGAUGGUAGUCAGCAGGAGGUGCUACUGACAUCCGGUUUAGAUGCUCCCGAAGAUUUGGCAGUAGACUGGUUAACUGGCAACAUUUAUUUCUCGGAUAAUGUUAUGCAUCACAUUGCGGUCUGCUCAAAUGAUGGCCGCUACUGCACUGUCCUGGUCACCGAUGAUGUUCAUCAACCGCGUGGCGUAGCCUUGUGGCCACAACGCUCCCAAAUCUUUUGGUCCGAUUGGGGUGUAAUACCAAUGAUCGCUCGUGCCUCCAUGGAUGGCAGAAAUUCCAUACGCCUAGUAACCGAUAAAAUCCAUUGGCCCAAUGGUGUCGCCUUGGACAUGUACAAUGAUCGAGUCUAUUGGGUGGAUGCCAAGCUGGCGACCAUUGAAAGUGUACGCUCAGAUGGUCAAGAUCGUCGCACCGUGUUAGAAGACAUUCUCAAACAUCCCUAUGGUUUGGCCAUAUUUGAAGAUAAACUUUAUUGGUCCGACUGGGGUACCAAGUCCAUACACUCAUGUAAUAAAUUCACCGGCAAAGAUCACUCAAUUAUUACCAAAGAUCGUACCAUUUAUGCCGUUCACAUUUAUCAUUCGUCGAAGCAGAAGAAAAUCGCCCAUGCCUGUGAACAGGCUCGAUGCUCUCAUUUAUGCCUGCUGGCGGAAAAGAAUAGCUACAGUUGUGCUUGUCCCGACGGCAUGCAAUUGGGACCGGAUCGUAUGCGUUGCAUUAAGACCCAUAAGAAACAGAGGCUAUUUUUAGGUGUUCGUAAUAAUCUCGUCGAAAUGGAGCACACAACAUUUGGUCGGCACACGGUAUCGGCUACACAUCAUUUGGAUUUUUUUAUACAUGAAAUGGCCUAUAAUAAUAUAAAUAAUACGGUCUUCAUUGCCGAUAAUUAUCAGCAUGUAAUUGGUGAAUUUAAUAUACAGGGUCAAUAUUUAUCGAAAUUGGUGCGAGCGAAUUUGGGAAAUAUUACCGGUUUGGCAUUUGAUCACCUGUCUUAUUGCUUAUACUGGAGUGAUUCGGAGAGACAUGUUGUUGAAGUUUUCUCUCUGCAAACCAAACAACGAGCCAUUGUAUCAUUUUUCUCGGGCAUAGAGGUACCCAUUGGAUUGGCGGUAAUACCAGAUGAUGGCAUCAUGUUUAUUGCGUUAAGAUCCCGGCGGCAUGUUCAUAUCGAUCAAAAAUCUCUUAGCGGUCAAGGCGAACACACCCAUGCCUUCGAAGAUGAAUUGGGUGAUGAUGAUAUACGAUUUGCAACAGAUUUUGAGACAAAAACCCUCUAUUGGUCCGACAGUGAUUUCGGACGCAUUUCAUUUUCGGAUUAUCGUAAUUUAAGGGCCUACACUUUUCGUGGUCGGCUUAAACGUCCCUAUUCGAUAGCCAUCGUUGAUGAAGAUCUUUUCUGGACAGAAUUAAAUUCAAAUAUUAUCCAUUGGACACAUAAGAGUAAUAUGGGUCCAUUGAAACGAUUCGAUAUCGAAGUUAAUCGAGAAUUGUAUAGUACCGUUUCCCUGCCCGUGAGAAUACCCAUUUUGGCAAGUUCAUCGCCAAUUGUUGUCGAUCAUCCAUGUCAACAUUGGAAUGGUGGUUGUUCCCACAUCUGUGUGACAUUGGGGAAAUUUGCCUCGGGUUGUCUUUGUCCUGCCGGUUUGGUAUUUCGCGAUGCCACCAAUCGGACGUGCAUUGAAGCUUUGGAUUGUGAAUUCCGUUGUAAAUCGGGUGAAUGUUUGACAAUGUCGAGAAAAUGUAAUGGCCGCAAAGAUUGUCCCGAUGGUUCGGACGAAGAGAAUUGUGAAAAUGGCAAGGGGCAUAAACCGCAAGUUAUUUGUUCCAUAGGAGAGUUUAGAUGCCACAAUGGAGAGCAGUGUGUGGACGGUGAUCAACGUUGUGAUGGUAAAAAACAAUGUUCGGAUGGUUCCGAUGAGGAGCACUGUGAGAAAUUCGAUAAAUCCAAAUUCUGUCACCGCCACCAACAUGUCUGCGACAAUGGCAACUGCGUUGACUUCAGUGUCAUGUGUGACGGCUUCAACGAUUGUGGCGAUAAUUCAGAUGAGGCAGAUUGCCGACUGGCCCGUGGCAAAGAUGUUACCAGUCCAAGGCGCAUUUGUGGCCCCGAUAUGUUCCAAUGCAAUUCCGGCACUUGUUUGGCGAAAAGUUGGGAAUGCGAUGGAAAAAUUGAUUGUAAAGAUGGUUCCGACGAACAUGACAAAUGUGGCAUUCGAGAAUGUCCCACGAACAUGCACAAAUGCCUUUUGGGCCAGUGUAUCGAUCGUCGUCUGGUCUGUGAUGGCAACAAUGAUUGUGGCGAUACUUCGGACGAAAUGAAUUGUGAUAUGUCGGCGGGUAAAAAACGUAAAAUGUCUUGCGGUGAUGAUCGCGUUCCCAUGUUUGAGUGUCCUAGUGAUCCCAAUAUUUGCCUUGAUAUGUCAGCCAAAUGCAACGGGUCUGCCGAAUGUCCACGCGGAGAAGACGAAGUUGAUUGUGGUAAUAUUUGCAGUAUUUACGAAUUCCAUUGUAAAACUUCGAAAGAAUGCAUUCGCAACGAAUUCCGUUGUGAUCAUGAGAAAGAUUGUGCCGAUGGUUCCGACGAGGAGAAUUGUGAGCAUCGUGGGGCGUGGAAUCACACCACCAAUGCCAAACAUACCCAUGAAAUGGCUUGUGGUCCGAAAAUGUUCGAUUGUAAAGAUAACCAAUGUGUCGAUGAGUCUAGGGUCUGUAAUGGCUUUGAAGAUUGUGAUACGGGUGCCGAUGAAGGCCCACUGUGCAAAACGGCCUGUGAUCCUCAAGCUGGUCAUCCGGUUUGUCAAAAUAAAUGCCGACCCACACCAUCGGGUGCGGUUUGUUCCUGUUUCAGUGGCUAUAAACUUGAUGCUGAUCAUCGCACCUGUGUCGAUAUCAAUGAAUGUGAAGAUUUGGAUCCAUGCGCCCAGCUGUGUGAAAACACUAUGGGUUCGUAUCGUUGUUCAUGUUUUCCUGAUUUUAUGAUGCGUCCUGAUAAGACUUCAUGUAAAUCGAUUGAAAGUGAGAGGUCAUUACUAUUCACCACCUUUGAUGAGGUACGCAGCAUGACGGAACAGCCGAUUGUUUUAAAGGUAGCCUGGAAAGCGAAUGAUUCGAAAGUUACGGGAUUUGAUAUAAAUAUACGUACACGCAAUGGAUUUGAUAGUGGUGCGAUCAAGGCGGCCUUGGAAGUUCAGAUGCCAAGUAAAGUUGCUGUCGAUUGGAUAACGGGCAAUGUUUAUGUCAUCAGUCGCACGGCACAAUAUCAAAUAGAAGUUUGUUCGUUCGCGGCGAAAAUGUGCGGUGCCGUAAUUAAAGUUCAACCCAGGGAAACAAUAAAAACCCUCACCGUAGAUGCCUACAAUCGGAGAAUGUUUUUUGUCAUAAUGCAGGGACAAGCCUUUGGCAGUCAUCGAUCACGCAUUGCCAGCACAAGUUUAGAUGGCGGUGGUAAACGUGAUUAUCUGCUCAAUAAAGAGAUGACCUUUGUUACCACACUGGCCUGUGAUCCCUACAAGAAAAUUCUCUACUUCACCGAAUCAUUAAGUAAAACUCUACAGGCUAUUAACUAUGGAUCGGGUUCUAGCCGUACCCCCAUAACCCUAAUACAAAAGGGAAAUGUGGUUAUGCAUCCAUCCGGCUUGACAUGGUAUGAAAAUCAGGUGUUCAUUGUAAAUAUGGGUGCCCGUGAGGCGGUACGCUGUUAUGUGUAUGGAUCGAAAUCGUGCAAGGCAUUCAACUUGAAUAUUCUCAAUGCCGAGGAUAUUUUGGUGGAUGGCAUCUCCAGGCAACCGAUGAAUAGAAAUCCUUGCAGCAUGGCCAAAUGUCGUGGCAUGUGUGUCCAAACGGAAUUCAGCUAUGAAUGUAUGUGCGGUGAUUCCAUAGUCAGUGAGAGUAAAUAUUGCGAAUCGAGUAAUGAAAUUUCUUCAAGUGCUCUGCUAAGAAAUCGUUCCUCCGCAAUGGAUGAAGAUGAGAGUUCCUCACAUGUUGUACUCUUUGUUGUGCUUAUGCUGCUGGCAGCUGCAUUAACAGUUUGUGGUUUGGGGUAUUUGUAUUAUCGUCGCAAACAGCAGGGUCAACGUGAUUUUAUUCGUAACCUGCAAUUCCAGAAUCCUUUGUCGUCACUGUUGCCACAUCAGAGAAGUGCCAAGACCUCGACCUUGGACAGUGGGCUCAUCAGCAGCGGAACGGGAAGUUCGACGGGAACGACAACAGCAUCGUUCGAUGAGGACAAUGACCGGAUGUACUUUGCGUCGCAAAUUCAGAAAUUUCUACGCGGAUCAUCGUCCAACAAUAAUACGGAAAUUCUCUUGGAAACGGCCAAGCCUCAGGAAAUUUGCACCAUGGAAAAGAGUAGACAACCCCUCGCCCUUGUACCAAAUAUCAUGGUUGAAGAGCCCGACAAUGAUAUCACCCGAACAGUGGGAGAUUAUGACAAUGAUGCGAGAGCCAGGCUGGUACCCUAG